AAUAAUAAUAAACAAAAUUAUAAAAUUAAUAGCUAAAAUCUAACUUUUUUAAUUUAAUUUCAUAUUUCUUCAAGUUUUAAGGCUAUUAAAUACUUGUGUCUGUCUCCUCUUCUAUUUUAGAAUAAUUAAUUAAUUAAAAAUAAAUAAAUAAAUAAACAAACAAAUAAACUAUAACAAAAAAUGAGAUUCUUCGCUUUCGCUUUACUUGCUUUAAUUGCUAUUUCUUGUGUUAGUGCCUAAUCUUAAGCUGAUAUUGAUAAGGCCAAGAAAAUUUUUGAUUGCAUUAAUAACAUUUAAGAACCUUGCUAAGCUACUGACAAGGAUUGCUAAGCUGAAUAAGAUAAAAUUGAUGAAUGUUCAGAUAAAUGCAAAAAUGAUAAUGCUUCUUCCUAAAGUGGUGCUAUGAGCUGUAUGAAGAAAUGUACUUCCACCAAUAAGGACGUCUAAACUUGGUAUGAUGCUAAUAUGGCUUGUCUUAGCUCUAGCAUGACCUCUUUCGUUUUAACUUUUGCUAUUGCUCUUUUUUCUCUCUUAUUCUGA